UAUAUUAAACUACAUAAAGCUCAGAAAAUGAUGAAUCCUAUGUUUUGCUUCCUUCUUACUUUAACCGCCGUUUUAGCCAUGACCGAAGGCAGGGGCAGCACACCAGUUCUCGACUCUGAUUCUAAAAAUGUCCUCUCCAACGAAAGUUACUCCAUUAUUCCCCUCAAAUCCAACGGCGUCUCCUAUGAUAGUGGCGGCCUAACUGUCUUCAACCGUGGUGGUACGUGUCCCAUCUAUAUUGGAGUGAAAGCUUCAGAAUUCAACUUGGGCGUUACCGUCAGAUUCUCGGACUGGAACUCUACCGAUAAGUACGUUCCACAAUUACUGAAUCUCAACAUCAAGAUGAACAUCACUACUCCCAUCAAAUGCCUUCGCCCAAAAUAUUGGGCUGCAGGUGCGCGCGAGGAGGCGUGGUUCCUAAGAGCUGGUAUCAAACCGUUGAAGCCUAAGUUCCAGAUCAAGAAAAGUGAUGUUUAUAUGGGUGGUUACUACAUUUCCUAUUGUCCUGCCGGUUUCAAUUGCACCCGUGUCGGGACAUUUGUGAACGAAGAUGGCGUUCGGCAUUUGGCUUUAAAUGCUACGCCAGCCCAUUUUGCGUUCGUGAGAGGUGUGAUAAAGACUUCGUCCAAGACGACUAUGUCUAUUGGCUGAAAGAAAUCAAAGACUACAAAAUAAUAAGAUAUGAGUUAUAACCUUUACUACUAAUAAUAAAACUCUGUCUAUGUAAUAUCCCUGUUUUCUUUGUUCAUGGAAUAAAACAACGUUUCCUUUGUUUCUC